AUGGACGCUCGCCGUACCAACAACCUCCGCGCCAUGAGCGCCGAGUUGCAGAGCACCGCCUCUCCUCAGGGCCAGUCUCCUGCCCGCCAGCUCUCUAUCCAGACCAACGUCGCCGGCACCAUGGGUCGUGGCGGCUCUCCUGGUCGUGGCAACUCUCCUGGUCGUGUCGCCGGCUCCCCCUCCUCGUCGCGCAACUCGUCCAGCAGCGACGGUGGCGCCUGGGAGGCGAGCACCAGCACCACAAUCUACGUCAACGACAUUCUCUACUCCACCAAAGAGAUUCGCGGCAUGGCUGAUGAGAUUGAUCUCGCCCAUCACUCUGGAGAGUUCCCCACCACCCGGUACCUCAACCACAACGCCCAAGCCACUGUUGAUGACUACCGCCGCCUGAUGGAGCUUCGUGAGGCCCGCGAGAGCAAUGAUAAUGCCCGUGCCUCACUUCUCCUUGUCGGCCUCACCCGCGACAUCCGCGAGCGUGACGAUGAGCUCGACGAGCGUCUUGAGCGCCAGCGCGUCGUCAACCGCGUCGAGGCCUGCCUCCGCACUGCUCAAGAGGAGGAGCGCCUGUUCCGCGUCAUGCAGACCGCCCUUCUGCAAGACAACAACAGGAACGACUUGGCGAGUAUUGUAGCGCAGACCGCUGCACAGACUGCACAGACUGGACAAGACCUGCGGGAAUUCCAGAAUGCCAUCGUCAACACCGUCGCCCAUUACUCUCUUCAUGACUCCGAGGUGAUGGAUCUCAAGCUUGCCCUCUUCAAGCGCGAAGUCCAAGUUGCAAUCGAUGCACUGCACACAGAUCUGCACACAGCUCUGCCCGGCCUCAUUCAGCAGGGCAUGGAGCAGUCGCUGCGCCAGUCAAAGAAGAACCGCCGCAUCUUCUCUCUCUUCCGCUCCAACAAGUCUCAGCAGGAGGGCAAUGCGGAGCCCAAGGGCCUGAGCCGUCUUUUCCGCAAGAUGACCAAGAAGCUUGGAGGACUCGGCAAGGACGAGAAUGUGGUCGCUACUGCCCAGCCCCCGCUAUCGCCGAUGAACUCGGUGCCCAUGAUCUUUCUCGACGAGCCUUCGGUUGUUCGUGCCCCUCUGCGCCUUAUCUAG